UCCCGUCUGCUGUGUUUAAAGAUGAAACAAAGAAUGAAUGAAUUGUUUUGAACUUGGAUAGAAACUUUUCUUUAAAACUUUGUUUCAGUCCUGAUGGUGAGAAUUUGGGUCAGACAUUCAGAGCCGAUUCCAUGGAACAGCUGAUUGACAUGCACAUAUUCAGAGGAAACGUUUCAAAUCUUUUUACUAGUCUAUUUAUUCCAUCUGUGCUAGUAAUGCUUUUGUUUCAGCAAAAUUAUUUUACUUUUUUCUUUUUUUGAUGCAUUUUUUCCCUGCUGAUGUAAAAUCUUACACACAUUAGUGCAACUCAAUCUGACAUGUCAUCAAUGUGCCCUGCGUGUCCCAGCUGAACUACAUGACCCUGAAUUAUCGACAUUUGCCUCAAAGUUGCACAAUUCCUUCACUUUGAAGAGUUGGUGACAGUUUUCUCAUUUUCGCUGAGUAAGAGCCACCAUAUUCGCCAAAUGAAAAACAGUUUUUUUCAUGUGAUCGUCAGGGACCUACUGUGUGUGGCUGUGUGUGUGUUUUCUGGCAUCUUGGAGGAGUUGCUCAAGUUUCUCUGUCGCGAAGCUGUUUGCCUCGGAGACCAGAUCUACUGGUUUGAGUACAAAGAGACCCUAACGGGAGAUUAUUUUUCUCCUUUUAACUGGAUCGAAGCAGCUUUCACUUUUCGGGAAGCUAACCGGAGAGAUGGACUUUCCUGACAGAUAUCGAUUUUCCUAUUUUCCUUUGUGGUCCGAUCGGCAAAUCUCAAUCAUGAUUGAUUAGAUUUCUUUUUUUAAAAGAGCUACAAUUAAUAACAAAGGAGAAUAUUCACAGCAAAUAUUUGACUGAAGACCUAUUUGAUAGUAGUUUUAAAAAAUUACACACUUCAUAACCCUAAUCAGAUUCUUUUUAAAUCAAUAAUCACGAGGCACAUUAGUUUUGACACAUUUAAUAAACAAGGGAAAAUUAAUUAAUUUUCCAGCCUUUCAGAGAAAAUUAGCUAACUCCAGGAUACAGCUGCUUGAUCAGUGCGUCUCCAGUGGCCAUUAUUAUUAUUCUCUGGGACUUUUGAUGCGAUCAUGUUUCCUGUUAGGCAACAGGAACUGAAAGCGUCCAUUUAGUAGCUUUUACAUUUCCCAUUUGUAUUCAUGUCAGGCUCGGCUAGCUGCAAAGCGUUCACACGCGCCUUGCCGUCUACGGCUCUGAUAUGAUGCGGUUUAUAUUCAGAGAGGGGGACCACCGUGGGAAUGAUAAAGUGGGAACAUGUGACGCUGCUGUUGCUAUGGCACUCAGGCAUCUGUGUGGCUGGCGAGCAGAACGCUCCUGCAUCUCAUCUCGAUUCGAUCCUCUUCAUAGGAUCGAAACGUAAAACAAAAAUCUGGUUAAAUAAUCAGAUUUAUUAGAAAAAAAUUAAUUGAUUAAGCAUAAAAAAAGGCAGUCUGCUGCUUGGAAAGCCUUGCAUUGCGCAGUGUGCGCUGCAUCUGUUUUGCGUUACUGAGCAGUGGGGAGUGGGAAGAAGGGAGAGAGAGAAAGAGAGAAAGAGAGAGAGAGAGAGAGAGAGAGGAAGAUGUAGGGGGAUUUUCUCCUAGCUCUCGUUCUCUGCUGCACUUCACACUGUGUGUUAAUAGAGGAUGGGAGGAAAAGACACUGAGAGACACCACACUCCCCACUCCAUCUGCCGUGAGGGACUCUGCAGAUUGAGCAUCCCAUCCUACCCCCAUCACCUCAGCUGCCGUUUUGCCAUCCUCCCGUCGCGAAGCCUCACUCCAUCCGCAGCUCGUCACUAGAUAACCCUCAGAAGACGCCUGGAAUAGGAACAUCGAUCGGGUCUCCUGGGGGAUUCCAUCACUGUCUCCCUUCAAGACAAUGGAUGUGUCCAGGAGGAGACGCAUCUGGAGGGCUGGGAUGUAGAGGCUGCACUGCCGCAGCACCCCUCCUCCGGAGACGGCGUGUUGUCUUUUUUGUUUGGGUCUUUUUUUUUACCUCUGUGGUUUGGGUGGCUUCUCGAGCGCCAGGCUUGCAGGGCUGAGCUCUGCCUUGGGGGUCCACUCAGAGAGGAGCAUUCGCUGCUUCUGCUGGGGAGCGCCAGGGGCUCUGGACAGCCCAGCAACAUGCCUGAGGCCAACUACCUGUUCUCCGUGUCCUGGGGAUACAUUAAGUUCAAGCGGAUGCUGAACCGAGAACUGAACCACCUGUCUGAGAUGAGCCGCUCGGGCAACCAAGUGUCAGAGUACAUCUCCAACACCUUCUUAGAUAAGCAGAACGAGUUGGAGCUCCCGUGUCCGGUCCAAAAGGUGAGGAAGAGGAAGCAGAACCAGCAGCAGCAGCAGCAGCAGGUUGGGAUGAUGACACAGAUCAGCGGGGUCAAGAAGGUCAACCACACAUCAAGCAUAUUGGGAAACGUCGGCAACCGCUUUGGGGUCAAGACAGACCAGGAAGAGCUGCUCUCAAAAGACCUGGAGGACAUUAACAAAUGGGGGCUGAAUAUCUUCAAAGUGACGGAGCAUUCUCACAACCGACCGCUCACCUGCGUCAUGUAUAAAAUAUUUCUGGAGCGAGACCUUAUGCGCACAUUCAAAAUUCCCCCGGACACCUUCGUGACCUUCAUGCUGACCCUGGAGGACCACUACCACUCGGACGUGGCGUACCACAACAGCCUGCACGCCGCCGACGUGGCCCAGUCCACGCACAUCCUGCUGUCCACGCCCGCCCUGGACGCGGUCUUCACAGAUCUGGAGAUCUUGGCGGCCAUCUUUGCCGCAGCCAUUCACGACGUGGACCACCCAGGAGUGUCUAACCAGUUCCUCAUCAACACUAACUCUGAGCUGGCUCUGAUGUAUAACGAUGAGUCAGUGCUUGAGAAUCACCACCUGGCUGUGGGCUUCAAGCUGCUGCAGGAAGACAACUGCGACAUCUUCCAGAACCUGAGCAAAAAACAGAAGCAGACACUCCGGAGGAUGGUCAUAGACAUGGUUCUGGCCACUGACAUGUCCAAACACAUGAACCUCUUAGCGAAUUUAAAAACCAUGGUGGAAACCAAGAAGGUGACCAGUUCGGGUGUCCUGCUGCUGGACAAUUACACCGACAGGAUGCAGGUGCUGUGCAAUAUGGUCCACUGCGCCGACCUGAGCAACCCCACCAAGCCUCUGGAUCUGUACCGGCAGUGGACCGACAGGAUCAUGGACGAGUUCUUCCACCAGGGCGACCGGGAGAGGGAGAAGGGGAUGGAGAUCAGCCCCAUGUGUGACAAGUUCACAGCUUCAGUAGAGAGGACUCAGGUUAGUUUCAUAGACUUUAUCGUCCACCCUCUGUGGGAGACGUGGGCCGACCUGGUCCACCCGGACGCCCAGGACAUCCUGGACACACUGGAGGACAACAGAAACUGGUACGAGAGCAUGGUCCCCCCGAGCCCCUCGCCUCCUUUCUACACCAGCGACGGAGAGGGAGGCCAACACGGCGAAGACGGUUCCCUAGCGAGUAAAUUCGCGUUUGACCUGACCACGGACGCAGCCGUCAGAAGCGACUGUGCGAGGAGAGGCAGUUCCUCUGACCUGGAUGGGACAGAAAUGACGACGUGUGACGUCUCAUCCGUAGAAACAUAGCCGGAGCCCGUGGCAGUCCCAGAACGGGACGGUUUCUUUACGCUGAAUUUUUGUUUUCAAUUGCAGUGGAGGCAUCCUGCAAUAAGGCUUUUUGGAGCUGCUUGGCAACCAAGGCCUUUCUGAAUGUUGGGCAAACCCCCUGCAAACAAGGCUCAGAAACCCUGUUGCGGUUUGUUCUUUCGUCCCUGGCAAGGGAGAACUGCAGAGGGGCAGCUGGAAUCGGAGCACUAACAGACCGAAAGUCUGGAUUAGAUGGUAUGAAUCUAUGAACUGGGGAAAAAAGGACUUCCAAACUUGCACUUCAGGACAUUUUUAUCUUCAUGUAGAAUAUUUGUAAUAUCUCAAGACUAAAUAACAACCAAAAACUACUGGUCAGCAGGUUACUUGUAACCAUGUAGUUUUUUUAAAAAAAAAGGAAAAGGAGAAAAAGUGCCUUUUUUUGUUUUCUUGUACAACCAUGUCAUUUUGUAAGAGUUUUUAUAAUUUAUUUAACAUGUUCAUGUAGCUGUAAAAUGUGUCCAGUUUUCUACAGGAGGACAUUGUUGUCUCGUAGUCUUCCGAACAUUCUGGCAAUAGUCUCAAGAAGAAGAAAUCUGUUGACUUCCCAGCACAAUUUGCACUUUGUGGCACACUGUAGAGCAAAGAGAGCGUGGAAUGCUGUUUUAGAAAAACGGCGUACAUGUGAAGCCAAAUAAUAUCAUGAAAACAACCCAAAUAUGUUUUUGUUUUUUUGUUUUUUUACCUCAAAUUCAUAAAAAAGACUAUUACACAACUUCUGGGUGGAAAAACGUGAAAGUGUCCAAAGAUCGUCUGGAAAAGCACUUUGAUGAUUUCAGUGUUGCUGAAUCGCAUCCUUAAAAACUUCCUCUGCUAUUCUGGAGCAACAUCACCAAAUCCAAAAUUUACGGUCCCUUAUUUAAAAUGUUUGAAACUUAUUUCUAAUAGCAUUUCCCCAUGAUUCCAUCUUAAAUUGUGAGUCAUUUUGAAUGAAAAAAAAGUAUUUUUUCUUUUUGUACAAUUCGUGUCGUUUUUUUUGUUUGUUUUUUUCUUUCACCUCAGCACCUUGAAAAUUGUCAACAGCCCUGCAGCUGGUUGCAGAUCUGUUCCAACGCUUCCUAAAAGGUACCAUGAUGUCUGGUGAGGGGAGAUGAGUUAGUAGUCAUAACAUGACAUUCUUCUUCUGUGAAUGUGUGCACACCUGAGCGUGCGUAUUCGUGUCCACAGAACCACACAAUCCCGUCGCACGCAGCUGUACAGUGCCGACAGUAACGGCGUAUUUAUUACCUUGUGUUUUCCUUGUACAACAAUAAUAUUGGUUGCUAAUAUUUACUGUAUAUUUGCUAUUAUUUAUAUGCUCUCCCACAUGUCAAAUUACAGUUUGACUGAAGCUGUCUGGUGGUGUGUCUGUAUCCAGUGAGAUAUUUUGAAUGAGACCGCCUCUUCAUGUCACAGAAGUGCGUUUGCUUUGAGGCUCCAGCCAGAAACAUUUGUGUUCUCGGCCAAACGAUCCGGCAAGGCUGGAUGUUUACUGCAGCAGAUUGUGUACGGUGACGGGUCAUUGUACAGCUGUAGGAAUAUUUGCUGAAAUAUUUAGCAUUGUUUCAAAUGUAUUUUUUCAGUGUUUUCCUCACAGUAUAUUGGUUAAAAAAUUUAAAAAAAGACAAAGAAAAACAACAACAACAACGGUAUAUGUUGUGCUCAACAAAUGUUUUCUAUGUGAUUAUUAAAAUGAGCAUGUAAAACAGAA